UCUCAGUCAGCUCAGUAUAGCGUUGGACAGUGAUCUGUGAGGUAAAGCUUGUUUGUCUGGUGCGGCCAUGUACGUGCGUCCCAUAUGGAGUAUUUGACCCCCUAUUUCAGUGAAAGACUCGGAAUAUGUCAAUUAUGGAUCCUUUAGUCGUUGACGAGGCACUCACGGCGGUUUUUGAGCGAGACUGGGAGGGCGGCAUCGACAACGAAGGCCUCGAUAUCAGCCAGUUGGAGAGUUACAUCAACAACGAUGACACCACCGACGCCACUCUAUACUUUGGUGACCUGCAGGGCGUCGGGGAUAUCAAGGCCCUUGGCAAUGCCACCCCUAGGGACUCGCCAUCGCGCCAUCUUCACCACCACAAUCACCAUCAUCACCAGAGUCUUCACCAACACAGUGAUACCAGUAGCCACCACCACCAGCAGCAGCAGCAGCAGCCUUACCUGACCUCUGGUGACCUGCCUUCAUCCGGAUGCUCCUCUUCUUCCUCCUCAUCCUCCUCCACCUCAUCUUCCUCCUCUUCCUCCAGCAUGACCUGUUACCAGCAUGGCAUUACAAAUACGUUGCACAAGCACCCGAGGUUUGGAGAUGUAGCCGCCUUACAUGGUGAUGGGAAUGGUAUAGGUGGCAUUGGUAGUGGUGGUGGAGGUGGAGGGGGUGGAGGAGGUGAGGCCAUCCCCAUUGGCUACAGAAAUCCUUACCAGAUAUGCAACGCCUACAGUGCUUAUGGACAUCAUCUCCCAGACAGCCCCCCAGACUCAGGGUCAGAGCCCCCCUACUCCCCACCAGAUCAUCCCAAUCUCUCACCACAUCAGAAGACCCAAAACAUCACCGAACUCUACCCAAAUUCUGGCGGGGGAGGGUCCUCAGCGGCCAUGGUGAUCUUCCCGUACCCUGUCAUGCAGACUCAGCAACAGCAACAACAGCAAAUCCAGCAACAGCAACAGCAACAGCAACAGCAGCAGCAGCAGCAGCAGCAGCAGCAGCACCCAUCUCACACCCAAAGGCACGGGACUAUGCCCAGCCACAACCCCAACAACAUGGCAUACCAGCAGCAACAAGCAGUCGUCCUCGGAGGUGGUAACAUGAUGGGCUCCACUGGAAUGGCUCCCAACUCCUCAGCAGCCACUUAUGGAGCAAAUGGGAAUCAAAUUCCAAAUAUGGCUCCCUUAGUGCCCUCCGCUGCCACUACCACAACUACUACUACCUCAGCCGUGGGAGGGGCAGGGGGUGGGGCCAGUACAGGUUGCUCGAUACCUGUUGGGAAGAAGAGGAAGAUUAAUGACUCAAGUGGGUUGUCCAGCACCGUCUACAUCAAGGAGGAACCGGAUCAAAGUGUUGGGCAUCAGAUCCAACCAAACUCUUCAACAACGACCUACUGCGAGGAAGAUGAAUACACCAUGGACUCCAACAAUGGCCCCUACAUGGACAGUUCGUACCAGUGCAUCAAGUUCCACAACUUCCAGCAACAGACAUGGAGUGUCAUUUGUGAUGCUGGACUCAAGGAACUGAAUUUGCAGACUUUCCGGGUGGAUGCUGACAAAGGCUUCAACUUCUCCAAUCCAGAUGAUGCUUUCGUGUGCCAGAAGAAGAAUCACUUCCAGGUCACGGUUCAUUUCCAGACGACAUCGGAGCCUACAUUCGUGAAGACUCCCGACGGCCUGCAGAAGAUCGACUGCUUCUACGUCCACUUCUUCGGGGUGAAGACCGAGUCCCCUUCCCAGAUGAUCCGGGUGGAACAGAGUCAGAGUGACAGAACCAAGAAGGCCUUCCAUCCUGUGCCGGUCGAGCUGAAACCAGAGCAGAUGGGCAAGAUCACCGUGGGGCGCCUCCACUUCUCUGAAACCACCAGCAACAACAUGAGGAAAAAGGGCAAACCGAAUCCGGACCAGCGCUACUUCUACCUGGUGGUGGCUCUGAAGGCCCACAGUGGGGACAGUGCUUACACGGUGGCCGCUCAGGCGUCGGAGAAGAUCAUCGUUAGGGCCUCCAACCCAGGGCAAUUCGAGAGCGAUGUUGAAUACACCUUCCAAAGGGGUACCUACCCAGAGUCAAUUUACCACAUGGGCAGGGUUGGGGUCAACACCGACCGACCUGACGAAGCCUUGGUCAUCAACGGCAAUCUCAAGGUCACCGGGCAGUUCCUCCAGCCUUCGGACAAACGGGCCAAGAAGGAUGUUGCUGAGGUCGACACCAGAGAACAGUUGAAGAACGUGUCCAAUCUUCGCGUCGUGACCUAUGCUUACAAGGACGAGUUUGCUGAAACCGCUGGCAUAAGACCCGACGAAGUCUUUGACACUGGAGUCAUCGCGCAGGAGGUCAAAGAAGUGAUACCAGACGCCGUGAAAACGACGGGAGACUUGACUUUGUCCAAUGGUGACAAGAUUGACAACUUCCUGUUCGUCAACAAGGAUAGAAUAUUCAUGGAGAAUGUAGGAGCAGUGAAGGAGCUGUGUAAAGUGACGGGGAACCUGGAGAACCGCAUCGGGGAGCUGGAGAAGAUGAACAAGAAGAUUGCACAGCUCAAGAGAAUGGAAUCUUUCAAGUCCACAACGUCUUCUGUAUCAACUCGUACUUCAGGCACAUCUCGAAUGUCCUCAGCGAGCGGUAAAGGCCCUGGAUGCAGCAGAAGACGCCACAAGCAGCUUGGAGGAGGACACGACGAGGGAAUUUGCAACAACAAGACCCUGCAGCUCACAACCAUCACUCUCGUUUGCAUCAUGGCCUUCUGCCUGAUGGCCAUGGCAACCAUAUACAUCCUGGACUACCAAGGGCGCAAUGACUCCUCCACAACUAUGACGACGACCACCACAAUGGCCACGACCACAACCACCAUCGUCCUAUCUUCGUCGAUGGGGACCACCACCUCUACCACGACUGACGAAGGCACGCUGACGUCUCUCAUCUUCACGACGAAGCCUUCUUACGGGACGACUUCUUCGUGGACCACAACUUCCUCGACCUCUGCGACCUCUACGCCCUUUCAGCCCAGGCCGCCGAUCAUUGGCAGGCCCCAGGAUUGCAUGGAGACGCCCCCAGGGGAUGACCCAAUCUGCGCGGUCUACUGCUGCAGGGAGGAGGUCAGCGCCUACCACUUGGGCCCUUCCACUUACUCCACGGGCAUCACCAUCACUCGCAGAAUUGCUGGCCAUUUGGGAUACACAACUUUCCCUCCGACAAUGUCCAGAUUCAGCGAAAUUCACACUAACAAAGUAUCAACCAAUGACCCGAACGUCGUCAAUGAUUCUACUACGUUGUCUAAUCCUCGCACGAAGUCAAUGCCAAGCAAGAAGUCGAUGAGCAGUGGCCAGCACUCUCGGGGAUCCAGUCUACGAUCGAGUCUACCAGCCAGCUCUCGAAGCAUCAAGCAGAUUCUGAGCAAAAGAUCCUUGCAGUCCAAGAGAUCGACUGGCAACUCGCCCCCGCUUUAUAAACCUCAACCGUCAUUCUUCUCGCGGAUUCCAACGCUGGAGAUCGUCGACUUCAACACGACAAUCACUCACCUGUACUGUUUCAACUCGUCCGACGAGUACCAGGGCUGCAUGGACAACAUUGCCAAUAACUUCACGUACCUCCUUCCCAUCUCGAGGUUCAUGACCGAGAGAGAUCUCACCCUCAGAUUCAAAUACGGGACCCUGGACAACUAUCGCCAGCCAUUUUUCUGCCCGAACUGCAGCCACUGCGGUCAGCCUUACCCCUCUAUACGGUGCGAGGGUUCACCCGAACACCUGGCAGCCACGGAUGUCGAGGAGAACCCUAGUCAGUCUCCCCCCGACCACGACUUCAUCCUCCGAGGGGUGGGGAUGUGGAGCCAGACAGCUUACAGGUUCAGGAUACCUGUGAGCAACCUUGUAGAGAAUGAUGACGAGGGUCCAUGUGACCGACCAGCGGACGACCUGGGUGUUUCGUACUACGAAGUCAAUUUAAUAUUCAAAAGAAUUUGCGAUGAAUGAGAGCAACUUGGACGUGAACACACUACUCAUCUUCAGAUAUUUAUAAAAUUAUCAAAUACAUAUAUAUAUAUAUAUAUAUUAUAUAUAUAUAUAUAUAUAUAUAUAUAUAUAAUUUAUCUCCAUGACAUCAUAAUUGUAUCAAAAUUCAUGAUUUCCUCUUGUUUACUUAUGCACAGUCGACAUAUUUGUUAGGAGUUACGCCUCUCCUCGUAAUCAUACAC